CCUCGACUGUCUGCUUGCCUUGCCGGUCUGUGACUGUCCCAUUCUCUUCUUUUCCUCUCCUAGUCUCUCCAUACAUACCACUCCCAAGCUCUCACUCCUCACUGCUCUCAUACAAACACUCCACGCUCCUUCUUUGGUACCAUCUUUGACCACCGUCCUUUCUCUAGUAUCAUCAUCAGCUAUCCAGCCGUGUCGCUCCACCUUCACCUCAACCCCAAGUCCUGCUAAAGAUGCAAUUCUCAAUCAUCGCUUCCGCCCUUCUGGCCCUUGCCUCAUCGCCAGCUCUGGCUACUCUCUACUUCACAAACCCUAUCUCGUCCUCAAACGAAGACGGUGGUAGCACUUUCCGCAUCAAGUGGGAGGACAAGGGCUCGCCUGCCCUCUCCAGCUGGGGAGGAAUUAACCUCUACCUCGCAACCGGUGACACAAGCACUCAAUACAAGCUCGACACGAUCGCUUCCGACCUCUCCACCAGCAGGACUUCUUACAAGUACAAGGUCCCCGCCAACGUGGGUCCUUCCGGAACCUACUACUUCAUUCGCGCCGAGUCCACCAAGACUGCAGCCAAUGGCACCGCCAACGACCUUGCCUUUUCUGCCAAGUUCAAGCUCGAACAAAUGACCGGGACCUUCAAUUCUACUGUCCUCUCUGCAGCAAAGGCAGCCGCAACCGUUGAUGCCAGCUCUGCGUCCACUGCUGCCUCGUCUGCUGCCGGCUCUGCAACGUCGUCCUCCUCGAAGAUGAGCACUGUUGCUAGUGGAUCUAGCACAUCAGCCAGCACUGCCACCACCAGCGGUACCGCUGCUCAGAACAAUGCAGCCAACUCCACCAGUGGAGCAGAGGGACUCUUUGCACCUCAACGCGUAGUCAUGGGAGCUCUGGGAGCCGUCGCCGCUGGAGUUGCUGUGCUACUCUGAGCAUCUGACGAGGUCGCCUCGAAGAUAGGAAUCAGGAGGCCAGGGGCCCCUUUCUCCUUUCCUCUCAGUCCCUUUACUUUUGUACGACUACCUCUUCUCUCCCAUCGCCCGCGCAAGCCUAGUGGCCGGGAAGGAGAGAAAUGAUGAUGGCCCAAGCAGA